AGGGGAGUGAAUUUCUGCUCUCGGUUUAUUGAAUAGCAAUACGUUCCCGGAGCCACACAGAGUGUUUCUGGCCGGUUGGACGGAGUGUGUUAGGAUAUUAUUAACUGUUACAAGGUCUUCGGGUCAACUUGUAAAACGGUCAUCAUGGCUGUUGAUGAUUAUGAAGAUUUACUAAAGUAUUAUGAUUUGCAUGAAACCAUUGGGACAGGUGGAUUUGCCAAAGUGAAACUUGCAACCCAUCUUCUUACAGGUGAAAAAGUAGCCAUUAAGAUAAUGGACAAAGAGGGUCUUGGGGAUGAUUUGCCACGUGUCAAAACAGAAAUCGAUGCUAUGAAGAACUUUAGUCAUCAGCAUGUUUGCAGACUGUAUCAUGUGAUUGAAACACCCAAAAAAAUAUUCAUGAUCCUGGAGUACUGCCCAGGUGGAGAAUUGUUUGACUACAUUAUUGCAAAAGAUCGUUUAACUGAAGAAGAAGCCAGGGUGUUUUUUCGUCAGAUUGUUUCUGCUGUUGCCUAUAUUCACAGCCAGGGGUAUGCACACCGAGACCUUAAACCAGAAAAUCUUCUUAUUGAUGAAGAUCACAACCUGAAACUAAUAGAUUUUGGUCUUUGUGCAAAACCAAAGGGUGGCAUGGAUUAUCACUUAAUGACUUGUUGUGGAAGCCCGGCUUAUGCAGCUCCUGAACUGAUUCAGGGUAAAGCCUAUAUUGGAUCGGAGGCAGAUAUUUGGAGCAUGGGAGUUCUCCUGUAUGCACUAAUGUGUGGAUAUCUCCCAUUUGAUGAUGAUAAUGUCAUGGUGUUGUACAAGAAGAUAAUGAGAGGUAAAUAUGAUAUCCCAAAAUGGCUUUCUCCUGGAAGUGUGUUGCUGCUUAGUCAAAUGCUCCAGGUCGAUCCAAAGAAAAGGAUUACAGUCAGGCAUCUGUUGAAUCACCCAUGGCUCAUACAGGGUUAUUCCUAUCCAGUGGAGUGGCAAAGUAAAAGUCCACUAGGAUACAUUGAUGAAGACUGUGUUACAGAGAUGUCUGUUUUCUAUAAGCAUAGUAAAACUAGCACAUCGCAUCUGAUAUCUGAGUGGGAUUAUGACCAAACUACAGCUACCUAUUUACUGCUUCUGUUAAAGAAGAGCCAUGGCAAACCAGUUCGCUUGAUGCGCUCAGUCAAUGUUAGAGAGCAUCCUGUCAGCUCUUUUAAAGACCUUCGAUCGAAGCACAGUCUUGAUAAUGAGGACGCUUGUCGUGAUGACCUCCCAUAUGUAUUUGGAUCCAUGGAAUUUUCGGAAGAUGAACUUUUUUACGAUGAAUACUCACUUGCUGGCAUUGAGCCACUCACUCCAAAGGAGUACUCUAAAUACCACUGUGAAAUAAAAACUGUUGCCUCCCCAUCCGUAACUCCAGGAAAGCAAAGUUACACUACAAAGAAACAGGAAAAUAAAGAGAACUUCGAUACCAAAGCAACAAAGUCAGAGAGUCCUUUUUUGCAACCAGCUCCAUGGACACCUUUCUCAAAGAGGAGAGGGGUACUUACCACUCCAAACCAUAAUUCACUGGUUCCACCAAAAGUAGAGAAAAGUCCACAUGUACGAGAAGCACCUUCAAAGAAGCAAGCGGUUACUGCAGAUAUUAUUUCUGUUAUUAGUCCAGAAAGGCGGUGUCGUUCUGUGGAAUUGGACUUGAACCAAGCACAUUUAGAUAGUGCGCAAAAAAAGAAAGGAGCAAAGGUUUUUGGAAGUCUAGAAAGAGGACUUGAUAAAAUGAUUACCAUGCUUACUCCAAGCAAACGAAAAGGUUUCACUAGAGAGGGACCCAGAAAAUUGAGGGCACAUUACAAUGUGACCACCACAAACCUUCUAAAUGCUGACCAGCUGCUGAACGAGCUAACUAAAAUACUGCCUAUGAAGAAUGUGGACUAUGUGCAGAAAGGGUAUAUUUUCAAAUGCAAAACACAGUCUGAUUUUGGCAAGGUAACAAUGCAGUUUGAGUUGGAAGUAUGUCAAGUAAGCAAACCAGAUGUAGUAGGAAUCAGAAGGCAGCGAUUGAAGGGAGAUGCUUGGGUCUACAAGAAACUAGUAGAAGAUAUUCUGUCAAGCUGCAAGGUGUAACUCUUGGCCUUUCAUGUUCAAUGGUGUGACAACAACAUUGCCUAGAACUGCUGUUUCCUGCGCUAUCCUAGAUCUCCUAAUCUUAACUGACAUAAAAGGCACAGUAGAUUGUCAUUCACCAAUCUUGUCAAUAUAUGUAAAUAAACUGUUUUAGCUCUGUCAUGUCUUU